CUCACGGUAGGCCCAGCUAUGAUUUGACUGCCCGUUCCUAUUUUCAAAGCUCCUCCCAUCUCUCGACAAACUGCUGCAGUCGGUGUCUACCUUUGCCCCUUACCACGUAGAUCUCUGUAUUCAUCAUGGCGCCAGCAGCCCUGACACCCGUGUCUCCCCCAUCACCCACACAAGAUAACACCUCAAAACUCACCAAAGCCGGCACGGAAGCGAUCCUGUCCCAGACAGUCUCCAACACCGCUCCCUCCGUCGCCGAACUGGUUGCUUCAAAAUGCACAUUCACGCCCACCGUAAAACCGAAGCCCGUCCCGGCUCUCGAUUCCCCUGAAGCAUACUCCCAGACAUACACGACGGACCACAUGCUCACAGCGCGCUGGACCGAAUCAGCAGGCUGGGAAGCGCCGCAGAUCGUCCCUUAUGGGCCACUGAGUCUCAUGCCUACCGCGUCCGUACUGCACUAUGCGACCGAGUGUUUCGAGGGCAUGAAAGCGUACCGCGGCGUUGAUGGAAGAGUACGACUCUUCCGACCCCAGCGUAAUGCGGAGCGAUUUCUCAAGUCCGCCACACGGAUCUCCUUGCCGGGCUUUGCGCCAGAGGAGUUUCUUAAGCUGCUCAAACGGUUCGUUGGGGUCGAGGCACGGAGGUGGAUACCAGCUGGUGCAGGGGAUGGGACUAGGUUUGUGUAUAUUCGCCCGACGAUGAUUGCGACGGCACCAGCCCUGGGCGUGCAGCGGCCCAAAGAGGCGUUGAUGUAUAUCAUCAUGGUGGUGUUUCCUGCGUUGGACGAGCCGAGACCGCAACAGUCGUUGGCACAGGCGACGAGCAACGGACAUGCAAAUGGAAAUGGAGCCCUGUCCAAUGGGAAAGGCGCAAGUCCAAGUGCAAGUGCAAAGGGAAUGCGCCUACUCGCCUCUCAACACGACAUGAUUCGGGCGUGGCCGGGAGGUUUUGGAAACGCGAAAGUUGGCGCGAAUUAUGGACCGUCUCUUGUUGCGCAGGGCGAGGCCAGAGCGCGAGGGUACGAUCAGAUUCUCUGGCUGUUCGGCGACGAGGGGUACGUCACGGAGGCUGGGGGAAGUAAUUUCUUCGUGCUCUGGAUUAAUGAGGCGGGGCAGAGGGAGUUGGUCACGGCGCCGUUGGGAGACGGGGUUAUUCUCGAAGGUGUGACGAGGGCGAGUGUGCUCGACUUGGUUAGGAGUAGGAAGGGGGACGAGGCGGUGGAGGUGGUGGAGAGGAAGUUCGCUAUGGAUGAGGUGGUUCGGGCGGCAGAGGAAGGGAGACUGCUCGAGGGCUUUGGCUCAGGGACGGCGUUCUUCAAUGCGCCUGUCAGUGAUGUGCAUUUUCGGGGGUUGGAUGUCGCCUUCCCACUGGGCACGGAGGGGGGUGAAGGAAAGGGUUCGGAGUUCGCCAUGGGGAUUAAGGACCAGUUGAAGGGUAUUAUGUAUGGACGAGUGCAGCAUGAGUGGGGGGUUGUUGUGGAGGAGGAGGCAUGGUGAAAGAUGGUGGCAAGGUGUGGGAUGGUACACCUCCUUGGGUGUCGAACGUUGUCGGUAUUCGUGUUCGGAGUGACGAAGUUACAUCUUUGGUGUCUGGCGUUGCAAGCUAUUUUGAGAUGGCCGGGGGGGUUUGGAGUUCGAAAUACACUGCUAUUGAUAGACAGAUUGGUUCCAGAGGUUGAAAAUAACAAUGCUGAUUGUAACGUUUGAGCGAAAUUGAAA